GAUCAGCUGUAAGUAAAAUAAAAGCAAAACAAAAAAAGAGGCGAAGAUCGAGUAGGAACUGCAGGGAAAUGGAAAGUCCCUGACAGGCUGGAUGAAAUGAGAUCCCCAUGUAGCAAUUGCCAUGGAAACCUGUGACUCCCCUCCUAUCUCAAGGCAGGAAAAUGGGCAGAGCACAUCAAAGCGAUGUGGAACGCCACAACUUGAUAAUGAGGUGCCAGAGAAAGUUGCAGGGACGGAGCCUGACAGGGAAAACAGCUCCACAGAUGACAACCUGAAAACGGAUGAGCGCGAAAGUGAAGUCUUGCUGGGUUUCGGUGUCGUGGAGAAUGCGGCUGCCACUCAGGUUACCUCAGCCAAGGAGAUACCCUGCAACGAAUGCGCCACUUCUUUCCCCAGUUUACAGAAGUACAUGGAACACCACUGCCCGAACGCCCGCCUUCCGGUCUUGAAGGACGACAACGAGAGUGAAACCAGCGAGUUAGAGGACAGUGACGUGGAAAACUUAACAGGGGAGAUCGUUUACCAGCCGGAUGGCUCAGCGUAUAUAAUUGAGGACUCCAAAGAAAGUGGGCAGAAUGCACAGACUGGGGCAAACAGCAAACUCUUUUCGACAGCAAUGUUCUUGGACUCCUUGGCGUCUGCUGGAGAGAGGAGCGAUCAGUCUGCUUCCGCACCCAUGUCGUUCUACCCACAGAUCAUCAACACUUUUCAUAUCGCUUCAUCCCUCGGGAAACCAUUUACAGCCGAUCAGGCUUUCCCAAAUACCUCAGCAUUAGCAGGAGUUGGUCCUGUGUUGCACAGUUUCCGUGUCUAUGAUCUCCGACACAAGCGAGAGAAAGACUAUCUCACCAGUGACGGCUCAGCCAAAAACUCCUGUGUGUCCAAAGACGUCCCCAACAAUGUGGACUUGUCCAAAUUCGAUGGUUGCGUUAGCGAUGGUAAAAGGAAACCCGUUUUAAUGUGUUUCUUGUGCAAGUUGUCGUUCGGCUAUAUCAGGUCAUUUGUAACCCAUGCUGUGCAUGAUCAUCGGAUGACCCUCAACGACCAGGAGCAGAAGCUCCUCAGUAAUAAGUGCGUAUCCGCCAUAAUACAGGGGAUCGGCAAAGACAAAGAACCUCUUAUAAGCUUUCUGGAACCAAAAAAAUCCACUUCUGUGUAUCCCCAUUUUUCUACGACCAACCUCAUAGGACCCGACCCAACCUUCCGCGGGUUAUGGAGCGCUUUUCGUGUUGAAAAUGGGGACUCCUUGCCGGCUGGCUUUGCCUUCUUGAAAGGAGGUGCGGGCCCUGCGAGCUCCGCCGAGCAGCCGUUAGGGGUCACCCCAAUGCCAAAGGCUGAAGUGAAUCUGGGGGGGCUGUCUAGUUUAGUAGUGAACACCCCAAUUACCUCUGUCUCCCUCAGCCACUCAUCGUCUGAGUCUAGCAAGAUGUCAGAGAGCAAAGACCCCGAGAACAACUGUGAAAGGCCAAAAGAGAGCAACGUUUUACACCCCGACGGGGAUGGCCCUGUCAAAAGGGAACCUCCGGAACCCCCGGGAGAUGAGGACGAAGAAGACGCAUACUCCAAUGAACUUGACGACGAGGAAGUAUUAGGUGACCUCACCGAUAGUAUUGGUAACAAAGAUUUCCCUCUCUUAAACCAAAGCAUUUCUCCUUUAUCAUCCAGUGUGCUAAAAUUUAUUGAAAAGGGUACCUCCUCUUCCUCGGCCACUGUUUCCGAGGACACGGAGAAGCAGCAGCAGCAGGCGGCCGCCGCCAGGGCCAGCGGCACUCUUGCUAAUAACUACAGCCUCAGCGGCGGCGGCAAGGACUUGGCGGAUGCAAUUACCAGUAAGGACAGCGCCACCACUGCUCACCCAACUGAAACAGCCCGGGGCGACGAAGACAGCUCAGCCACUCCUCACCAGCAUGGCUUCACCCCCGGCACCCCUGGCACGCCCGGGCCUGCGGGAGAUGGCUCACCGGGCAGUGGCAUCGAGUGUCCAAAGUGCGACACAGUUUUGGGGUCUUCGAGGUCUCUUGGAGGUCACAUGACUAUGAUGCAUUCGAGGAACUCGUGCAAAACCCUCAAAUGCCCCAAAUGCAACUGGCACUACAAGUAUCAGCAGACCCUGGAGGCCCAUAUGAAGGAGAAACACCCGGAGCCAGGUGGCUCUUGUGUUUAUUGUAAGACUGGCCAGCCUCACCCCAGGCUUGCCCGGGGUGAGAGCUACACGUGUGGCUAUAAACCCUUCCGUUGUGAGGUUUGUAACUACUCUACCACUACCAAAGGCAACCUCAGUAUCCAUAUGCAGUCCGACAAGCACCUGAACAACGUUCAGAAUCUCCAAAAUGGCAACGGGGAGCAGGUGUUUGGCCACUCGGCCCCGGCCCCCACCCCCAGCCUCAGCAGCUGUGGGACCCCCUCUCCGUCCAAACCCAAACAGAAGCCCACCUGGCGCUGCGAGGUCUGCGAUUACGAAACCAACGUCGCAAGGAACCUCCGGAUCCACAUGACCAGCGAAAAGCACAUGCACAACAUGAUGCUCUUGCAGCAGAACAUGAAGCAAAUCCAGCAUAACCUGCACCUGGGCCUCGCCCCCGCAGAGGCCGAGCUCUACCAGUACUACCUAGCCCAGAACAUAGGCCUGACCGGCAUGAAGCUGGAAACCCCGGGGGACCCGCAGCUGAUGAUCAAUCCCUUCCAGCUGGAUCCUGCCUCGGCGUCCGCUUUGGCGCCAGGACUUGUAAAUAAUGAGCUGCCGCCUGAAAUCCGGCUUGCCAGUGGUCAGCUAAUGGGUGAUGACCUGUCCCUCCUUACUGCAGGAGAGCUGUCACCUUAUAUCAGUGACCCAGCGCUGAAGCUAUUCCAGUGUGCUGUUUGCAACAAAUUCACCUCUGACAGCCUGGAGGCUCUAAGUGUGCAUGUGAGCAGUGAACGCUCUCUCCCUGAAGAGGAAUGGAGGGCCGUCAUUGGAGAUAUCUACCAGUGCAAGCUCUGUAACUACAACACACAGCUCAAAGCGAACUUCCAGCUCCACUGCAAGACCGAUAAACAUAUGCAGAAAUAUCAACUGGUGGCUCACAUUAAAGAAGGGGGCAAAAGCAAUGAGUGGAGGCUGAAGUGCAUCGCCAUUGGCAACCCUGUUCACCUAAAAUGUAAUGCCUGUGACUACUACACCAACAGUGUGGAUAAAUUACGCUUGCAUACCACCAAUCACAGGCACGAGGCGGCCCUGAAGCUCUACAAGCAUUUGCAGAAGCAAGAGGGCGCCGUGAAUCCUGAAUCCUGCUAUUACUACUGUGCUGUGUGCGAUUACUCCACCAAGGUCAAGUUGAACCUAGUACAACACGUCCGCUCGGUGAAGCACCAGCAGACAGAGGGCCUACGGAAGCUCCAGCUACACCAGCAGGGUCUGGCACCAGAGGAGGAGAACCUCAGUGAGACCUUUUUUGUUAAAGACUGCCCCCCAAAUGAGCUUGAAACUGCCUCCUUGGGAGCCAGGACCUGUGAAGACGAUGUUACCGAGCAGCAGUUGAGAUUAAGCUCAGAAGACCCAAGUGAGGAAGCAGAAGGAGCUAUUAAGCCUACAGCAGUGACUGAAGAUGAGGAGAAAGACACAAGUGAGAGAGACAACAGUGAAAGCAAAAACCCUAAUAAAGACGCUGGGAUACUCAAUCCAGAAAGGGAACUAAGAGCCAGUGUGCCUGGGGUGGCCCAGCCACACCUGCUGGCAAAAGAAGAGGAUGUUGCAACCAAGAGAUCCAAACCUGGAGAAGACAGUAAAUUCUGCCACGAGCAGUUCUAUCAGUGUCCUUAUUGUAACUACAAUAGUAGGGACCAAAGUCGCAUCCAGAUGCACGUCCUAUCACAGCACUCGGUGCAGCCGGUCAUCUGCUGUCCCCUCUGCCAGGACGUCCUCAGCAACAAAAUGCACCUCCAGCUUCAUCUGACACACUUGCACAGCGUUUCUCCAGACUGUGUGGAGAAGUUGCUCCUGACAGUCCCUGUCCCUGAUGUCAUAAUGCCAAACAGUAUGCUACUGCCAACAGCCACCUCUGAGAAAUCAGAGAGGGACACCCCUGCAGUUAUCACGGCUGAGGGAUCCGGUAAAUUUUCAGGUGAAAGUCCCAUGGAUGACAAAAGCGUUCCAGGUCUCGAAGAUUCAAAGGCUAACAUGGAGAUUAAGAGUGAGGAGCCGAAACCAAGGAAAGAAUCCACCGAAGUGUCAGAGUGGAACAAAAUUAGCAGUAAGGACGUGAAGGUCAUGGACACGCUGCAAGAUCAACUAAGUGAGCAGCCAAAAAGGCAGCCUCUCUCCGUUUCUGAUCGUCACGUUUAUAAGUAUCGCUGCAACCAUUGCAGCUUGGCUUUUAAGACUAUGCAGAAGCUUCAGAUACAUUCCCAGUAUCAUGCGAUUCGGGCCGCAACGAUGUGUAAUCUUUGCCAACGUAGUUUCCGUACAUUCCAGGCUUUAAAAAAACACUUGGAAGCUGGCCACCCUGAGCUGAGUGAAGCCGAACUCCAACAGCUAUAUGCUUCUUUGCCCGUGAACGGUGAACUGUGGGCGGAGAGUGAAUCCAUGGCCCAGGAGGACCAUGCCCUAGAGCAGGAAAUGGAACGGGACUAUGAGGUAGACCAUGAAGGGAAAGCAAGUCCUGUCGGAAGCGACAGUAGCUCGAUCCCAGAUGACAUGGGCUCUGAACCAAAGCGGACCUUGCCUUUUCGAAAAGGGCCAAAUUUUACGAUGGAAAAGUUCCUUGACCCAUCUCGUCCCUAUAAAUGUACAGUGUGCAAAGAGUCGUUCACCCAGAAGAACAUUCUCUUGGUCCAUUAUAAUUCAGUGUCUCAUCUGCAUAAGUUGAAAAAGGUUUUGCAGGAAGCUUCCAGUCCUGUACCUCCGGAAACCAACAGCAGUGCAGAUAACAAACCCUACAAGUGCAGCAUCUGUAACGUUGCCUACAGCCAAAGCUCUACGUUGGAAAUCCACAUGAGGUCUGUGCUCCACCAGACAAAGGCGAGGGCGGCCAAGCUGGAGCCCAGUGGUCAUGUGGCCAGUGGUCACAGCCUUGCCGCAAAUGUGAAUAGUACCAGUCAGGGGAUGUUAGAUUCCCUGAGUUUAGCAGCAGUGAGCAGCAAAGAUACCCACUUAGAUGCCAAAGAAUUAAGCAAAAAGCAAAGUCCCGAAAUCCUCUCUGCUCAGCCUACUACACAUCACCCAACGCAGUCACCAGCACAAAUUCAGAUGCAACUGCAGCAGGAGCUACAACAGCAAGCCGCGUUCUUUCAGCCUCAGUUUCUAAACCCCGCCUUUUUGCCCCAUUUCCCUAUGACCCCAGAAGCACUGCUGCAGUUUCAGCAGCCUCAGUUUCUCUUUCCAUUCUACAUACCUGGAACUGAGUUUAGCUUGGGGCCGGAUCUGGGCCUACCUGGCUCUGCCACCUUUGGUAUGCCUGGCAUGACAGGGAUGGCUGGAUCCUUGCUUGAAGACCUGAAGCAGCAGAUUCAAACCCAACAUCACGUUGGCCAGACUCAACUUCAAAUCCUGCAGCAACAAGCACAGCAGUACCAAGCCACGCAGCCCCAGCUGCAAUCACAAAAGCAGCAGCAGCAGCAGCAACAACAGCAGCAGCAGCAGCAGCAGGCUAGCAAAUUAUUGAAGCAAGAGCAAACAAACAUCGGGGGCACAGACUGCCAAAUCACGAAGGAUAUGCCAUCGUAUAAGGAGGCAGAAGAUAUUGCUGACAAGCAAGAAAAACCAAAGCAGGAAUUCGUGAGUGAAGGUGAGGGACUCAAGGAAGGCAAAGACACAAAGCAGCAGAAAUCCUCCGAACCCUCGAUUCUGCCACCCCGCAUCGCUUCGGGGGCCAGAGGAAAUGCAGCCAAAGCGUUACUGGAAAAUUUUGGGUUUGAACUGGUCAUUCAGUAUAAUGAAAACCGGCAAAAGGUCCAGAAGAAGAGCAAAGGCGGAGACAGCGACAACACUGACAAACUGGAAUGUGGGACCUGCGGCAAAUUGUUCUCCAAUGUUCUCAUUUUAAAGAGUCACCAAGAACAUGUUCACGGACAGUUUUUUCCCUACGGAGCGCUGGAGAAAUUUGCUCGUCAGUACAGAGAGGCCUAUGACAAGCUUUACCCAAUUUCGCCGCCGCCGCCGCCGCCUCCUUCGGCUCCUCCACAGGUGCCUCUGCCGGUUUCUCUGGACCUUCCCCUCUUUCCACCCAUCAUGAUGCAGCCUGUGCAACACCCCGCCCUGCCCCCGCAGCUGGCCCUGCAGCUGCCGCAGGUGGACGCACUGUCCGCAGACCUCACCCAGCUUUGUCAGCAGCAGCUGGGUCUGGACCCCAACUUCUUACGACAUUCUCAGUUCAAACGCCCACGGACAAGGAUCACGGAUGACCAAUUAAAAAUCCUGAGGGCGUAUUUCGACAUCAAUAAUUCGCCCAGCGAAGAGCAGAUCCAAGAAAUGGCAGAAAAGUCUGGCCUCUCCCAGAAGGUUAUCAAACACUGGUUUCGAAAUACCCUUUUUAAGGAGCGACAACGAAAUAAAGACUCCCCGUACAACUUCAGUAACCCUCCGAUGACGGUGUUGGAAGAUAUCAGAAUUGACCCACAGCCCACCUCGCUGGAGCAUUAUAAAUCUGACGCAUCGUUCAGUAAAAGGUCCUCCAGAACAAGGUUUACUGACUACCAGCUGAGGGUCUUACAAGACUUUUUUGACACAAACGCUUACCCGAAGGACGAUGAGAUUGAACAGCUCUCCACGGUCCUCAAUCUCCCUACUCGGGUCAUCGUUGUUUGGUUCCAGAAUGCUCGUCAGAAAGCGCGGAAGAGUUAUGAGAACCAAGCAGAAACGAAAGAUAAUGAAAAAAGAGAACUCACCAAUGAACGGUAUAUUCGAACAAGCAACAUGCAGUACCAAUGUAAAAAGUGCAAUGUGGUGUUCCCCCGCAUCUUUGACUUGAUCACCCAUCAGAAAAAGCAGUGUUACAAGGACGAAGACGACGACGCCCAAGAUGAAAGCCAAACCGAAGAUUCCAUGGACGCCACCGAUCAAGUGGUCUAUAAACAUUGCUCGGGCUCGGGCCAGACUGAGACCUCCAAGAGUGCGGCGGUGCCUGCAGCCAGUUCUGGCUCGGGCACGAGCACCCCCUUGAUUCCUUCGCCCAAACCAGAACCCGAGAAGACGUCUCCAAAACCUGAAUAUCCUACAGAGAAACCAAAGCCGAGCGACUCCUCCCCUGCUUCUCAAGGCACCAAACCAGCCCUGCCAUUCGCAUCCACCUCUUCAGACCCAGCGCAGGCCUCCCUGGCUCAGCCACAGCCACAGCCACCGCUGCCCAAACCAGCCCAACUCAUUGGCCGACCUCCUUCAGCCUCCCAGCCCCCAGUCCCUUCCAGCCCCCUGCAAAUGCCCAUGACUUCGCUCCCCAACAGUCUACCUCCACAAUUACUACAAUACCAAUGUGAUCACUGUACCGUUGCCUUCCCCAGCCUGGACCUGUGGCAAGAGCACCAGCA